CAACAAAAAUAUUACGAAUUGUUUGAGUGACUUUUUGGUUGGGCUGUUAUUAUUUGUGAAGUCAGUGUAAGUUUGACGCGCGUGCUGAACGUAUCACACAAGCAAAAGAGACGUGAAAAACACACAUAAGAGAUAUAUAUUUUCAAAACAACAGCAACAAAACUAAAUAUCAAGCAAAAUAAUAACGUAGUGUUUAAAAGAACGUAAAAUAUCAAACGAAAGACGAAACUUGUAAUAAAUCAAAUAAAUAAAUAAUUAAGAAAACAAAGUGAAAUGUUUAGCACAAUCAUUUAAAAAUUACCAAAAUUAUUUUAAAAUUUAAAGAAAAUAUAAAAGUAUUUAAAAAAAAUUAAAAACAAAAAAGCCGCCGGGUUUUGAAAAAGUAACACACACACAAAAGAGACAAAAAUAAUUAGCAUAAAAAGCAAACAAACUAAGUUAAAAUGAGAGUAUGAGUGAAAGAAAAACAUUGAGUUGGAUGAAUAGAAAAAUGAAAUUGCUGUUAUGAAACUCGACAGCAAAACAUUUUUUGUUAAUAAGGAAUAAAAAAUAAUUUGACAAGCCAAUCACAGGCCAGCAAUCCAACAAUUAACACCAAUAUAUAAUAACUACAAAACUUUUAAUAAAUCAAUUUGCACAGGGCAAUUGAGGAAGAACAACAACAUCUGCCCAUCAGUCAUCGUCAUCAAGGAUAUUAUUUGGGAAAUAAAAAUAUGUUUUGUUAUGAUAAAUGAAAAAAGAAGAAUUUAAUUCUUGUUUUUAAUAAAGUGCGUCAUAAUCAAUUUUAUGGUUUCCUAAAUUAAAUAAAACAAAAAUUAAAUUAACAAAAUAAUAUGCCCCGUUUUGGACAUUAUUAAAACCGAAAGAAAAUAAAAAACUUUAUGGUUUCAUUUACAUUCGGUGUUAAACCUCGCGUAUUUUUGCAAAUUUAUCUAACGGAAUACCUGACAGUUUUCGUCGUCUCGUCUAUUGUUCUAUUCUAAAUGAAAAAUAUUUUCUCAACGGUUUUGUGUGAAAUGAGAAGUGAUUUUAAAGAAAGCCAUCAAGAAACCAUUAAUAAAAUGAUACAAUUUGGCACGGUUAAAUAUGGAAUUGUCAAACAAUUAAAAGAUCGUGCUAAAAGUGCAGAGAAAGAUACCACAAACGAUCAUGAACAGAAUGGUUCCUGUUCUCCAUUGGCGGCGGCCACCGCCAAUGAGCAGGAAAAUCAUGGCUGUGAUAGGCCAGUAAGUCCCAGCAAUGAUAAUUCCAAUAAUGCAACACCCUCAUCACCUGCCCCCUCAAGUUCGGCAAAUGAACCAUGCCAAGAUCAGGAAGAAACUCCCCACAAGACAUAUCCCAAGGAACAAGAGUUUCCCUCACCCACACCACCAGACCUCAAUGAGUCACAGGAGCCGGUGAAUAAGGCCCAAGAAACCACAGAAUCUCAAGAAAACACAAACGAAACAGCCGAGGAACAGGACGAACACUUACAUCAACAACACGAACACAACUUGGAAGACAAAGAAAACAUGUGUCUCAGCAAGACCACAAUUGAGCAAAAUGAUGAAGAAAUGGAGGAGGAGGAAUCCCCGCAAACUCUGCCAGCUCCUCCCAAAUCCAUGGAAUUUGAAGAAAAUGUCGAAACACCGGUGGCUGCGGCCGAGAAGUCAUUAGCGAAAUCACAAGAAACUGAAAUGGACAGUGUUUCGACCACCCCAUCUCUGGCCAGCGGUUCGCUGAUGGCCAACAGUCAAUUUCCCACCACCCCUGUUAACAUUGAAGCCAUCAAGAAUAUGCAACUGGCAAUUGCCCAGGCAGCAGCAAAAACCAUUGCCAACAGUGCUUCGGGUCAGGAUAAUGAGGCUGCCAUGAAACAAUUGGCCUUCCUGCAACAGACCCUCUUCAAUUUGCAACAGCAACAACUUUUCCAAAUCCAACUCAUACAACAGCUGCAGUCUCAACUGGCCAUGAAUCAAACGAAAAAUCAAGCCGAAGAAGAAGAGGAGGAGGAAGAGGGGGAGAAUGGUGAAGAAGACACCUAUGAAGAGGAGGAACGUAUUGCCCAAAUGGAGCUAAGGCAAAAGGCUGAGGCCCGCAUGGCCGAAGACAAGGCCCGCCAGCAUCUCAUCAAUGCUGGAGUUCCUCUCGAGUCCUUGAAGCGCAAACGUGACAAUGAUGAAGAACCCGAGGCCCAACGGCGCAUGAGUGUGGAGUCGAGCAACAACAACAAGUCAUCCGAAUAUGCCCUGGACAAACUUAAGGAAAUGGAAAAUCGCCCCCUACCCUUUGGCUCCGUUUUGGCCUCAUCCAUUAUAACCCAUCACGACGACUUGCCGGAACCCAACUCUUUGGAUUUACUACAAAAACGGGCCCAGGAAGUCUUGGACUCAGCAUCUCAGGGUAUUUUGGCCAAUAACAUGGCCGAUGAAUUUGCUUUCAAGGAGAACAAUGGCAAGGCCGGCAAUGAGCCAUUCUUCAAACACAGAUGCCGCUACUGUGGCAAGGUAUUCGGCUCGGAUUCGGCGCUCCAGAUACACAUUAGAUCUCACACCGGUGAAAGGCCGUUCAAGUGCAAUGUUUGUGGCAGCCGUUUCACCACCAAAGGCAAUCUGAAGGUACACUUUCAGCGCCAUGCCCACAAGUUUCCCCAUGUGCCCAUGAAUGCCACACCCAUUCCGGAACAUUUGGACAAAUUCCAUCCUCCUCUGCUGGAUCAAAUGUCACCGGAGAGCUCUCCUUCCCAUUCACCCGCUGCAAUGCCGCAACAAAUGCCCGCUUCCGGGCCAGCUGCCGCCCCCGCCGCUACUGCUCCUCCACAAAUGCCUGCAUUGAAUUUCCCCAGCCCUGCAAAUCCCUUCCCCGCCUUGUCGGGUCUUUAUCGUCCUCCCUUGGAUCUGCUAAAGACUCUGCAAAGUACAACGGGUAGUUUUCCAAAUCCAUUCUUUCCCCAAGUGGCCAGCAAUUUGGGAGAAGCUGCCGCCCAGGCCCAACAGGCAGCCCAGGCUGUUUUGAAUAAGUCACAACAAGAUGGCCCCACAGAUUUGAGUAAAACCUCCGAACCAAAUUCACCUGAACCUCCCACACAAAUCAAAGCCGAAUUAACGGAAGAAGCUGAAGAAGUCGAGGCGGCCAAAGAAAGCCGGCCUGUGUCGGCAGAAUCACCCAGAGUCGAAACGCCGCCCAAGAUGGCAAUGUCACCCACGCCGGCGGCUGGCAUCAAAAUCAAGGAAGAAAAACCUGAAGAAGAUGAACGUGAAGUAGAACAUUUGGCUACCUCACAAUCCCCGGCCCCGGCCCGCUCCCAUGUACCUAAUGCCUCACCAUCACCGCCAGCCACAAUGAAGCCCAUUCAACACCCCUUGCCGCCGGUGGUUCAACCAGUUCAGCCACCAGCUGUUAUGUAUCCCCAACCCUCGCCUGGAUCUCAACACAGCCUUGACCAUUUGCCCACCCCCGGGCAGUUGCCACCUUCGAUGGUGCAUCAUCGUGAGGAUUUCUUUGCCGACCGCUUCCCCAUCAAUUUUACCAAGACUGAUGACAGACACUCACCCAUACGUUCGCCAGCCCAUUUACCGCGUCCACCUUUCUGCAAUCCCAUGAAACCCUAUGAUAUGGCCUUGUUGCCACGCCCCCAUAGCAAUGACAAUUCCUGGGAGAAUUUCAUUGAAAUCUCAAACUCCUCGGAAACAAUGAAACUCAAGGAGCUGAUGAAGAACAAAAAGAUUACCGAUCCCAAUCAGUGUGUUGUCUGCGAUCGGGUGCUGUCGUGUAAGAGUGCUCUGCAAAUGCAUUAUCGCACCCACACCGGGGAGAGACCGUUCAAGUGUCGCAUUUGCGGUAGGGCCUUUACUACAAAGGGUAACCUGAAGACCCACAUGGCUGUGCAUAAAAUUCGGCCACCCAUGCGCAAUUUCCACCAGUGUCCGGUGUGUCACAAGAAAUACUCCAAUGCCUUGGUGCUGCAGCAGCAUAUACGUCUGCACACCGGAGAACCCACCGAUUUGACGCCCGAGCAAAUCCAAGCUGCUGAGAUACGUGAUCCACCACCCACCAUGAUGCCGGGAGCUUUUAUGAAUCCUUUUGCCGCAGCAGCAUUCCACUUUGGUAUGCCCGGUGGUCCUGGUAUGCCACCAAUGGGUGGUCCCCAUAAUGGCACCAUGGGCUCGGAAUCGUCUCAGGGUGAUAUGGACGAUCAAAUGGAUUGUGGUGAGGAUUAUGAUGAUGAUAUGUCCUCGGAACACAUGUCCAAUUCGAAUGACAUGGAAUCAGUGGAUAGGCCAAAGUCCACGGAUGAUUUCAAGGCCUUGCUGUUCGAACAAAAGCUAAGGAUUGAUCCCACUGGCAUUGUAAAUGCCGGUUCCCGGCCCCAAUCGGCCACCUCCAAUGCAAAUUCUGUGAACUCGGCACCCAGCAGUCCGGUGGCUUUGAGUAAACCCUUGAAUGUUACCCGUUCCAGUUCACCUGCACGAUCGGCAUCGGAGACGUCGCAUGGGGCUUUGGAUCUAACACCAAGGGCGGCUCCCUCAACGGCACGUUCACCACAACCCGUGACAUCGGCGAAACGACGAUCCCCUUCGCCUUUGAGCAAAUCACCAAAAAUGCCACAAAUUAGCCCAACUACCAGCCUACCACCCACUGGUGCCAGUCCGGUUGACUGUUUGCCACCAAGUUUACAUCAUCACUUGCAGCAGCAACAUCAACAUUUAAUGCAACAACAGGCUGCCUUGGCUGCGGCACAACAUCAUCAGCAAAUGCAGCACAAUGCCGUUGUGGCCAUGCACCAGGAACAGUUGCGUCGUGAGGUGGCUCAGGCCCAGGCGCAAGCGCAACAUCAUCAGCAACAACAACAUCAACAGCAGCAACAACAAUCAGCCUUAUCGCCAAAUACAUCGGGCGGCAGUAGUUCACAUGCAGCCGCCUCAUCGGCAACCUCGCCACAUGGUCAAGUGGCCCCGCCACCACCACCACCAAAUCCUUUGGUGGGACCCCGACCACCAUUCGGCAUGUUCCCAAAUCUCCCGCUGUUUCCACCGGCUUCUACGCAAAAUAUGUGCACAGCCAUGAAUACGAUAGCCCAGUCUGUUAUGCCGGCGGCACCAUUUAAUCCUUUAGCUCUAUCGGGAGUCAGAGGCAGCACUACCUGCGGCAUUUGUUUCAAAACAUUCCCCUGCCAUUCGGCUUUGGAGAUUCACUAUAGAAGUCACACAAAAGAGAGACCAUUCAAAUGUACGAUUUGUGAUCGCGGUUUUACAACAAAGGGUAAUCUCAAACAACACAUGCUAACCCACAAAAUUCGUGAUAUGGAACAAGAAACCUUCCGGAAUAGAGCAGUCAAGUAUAUGAGUGGCGCCAAAGAAGACUGAGGUGCAUUCUAAGUCAUCACACUCUAUGCUGCUGCAGGUUUCCGGGCCCCUUUACAUGGCACCGAAUUCGAGUAUAACACACAAUAAUAUCCCGGAUUUCAGGGUUAGAUAAGUUUGUAGAGCUAUUUUAUCCACAUCAAAAAAAAGUAAAACUUUAAACAAAAUAUCGACGACGUGAUUUUCAAAAUCGAAAUUCCAAAGAUAUAAGACAACAACAACACAACAAUUUAUUUAUGAAUUUAAGUUGAAAAACAUUUGCAGAGAGCCAGAGAGGGUAGCGGGAGAAAAUUAAGGAUAAGGAGGAGGGUUUUGUAAAAUCAAUGAACUCUUUCUCUCUCUCUCUCUCUUGUUCCAUCUCUCAAGUCUCAUAACAAUUAAAUCACAAAACUCGCAUAGCAAUGAUCUCACUCAUACAUAGACACAAAUGGAACCCAUUGGACAAACAUACACGCGCGCAGCCCUGGUAAAAGGGGAGCUUUGGCCCCAAACCAAACAAACAAACACCCAAGUGGUCGUUGUUGUUGUUGCCGAUGUUUCUCCAGUGGGUUGAAUGAAUUGGUUGGCGGCUUGACUUUUUGUUGUUGUUACUUCACACACACACCUAUCCACAUCCACACAAGAGCGCUUUUCGCUUUCGAUUUUAACAUUGAGCAUAUGAAAUGAUGUAUUGCAAACGUCAAAAUGUUCAAAGAUGAAAGCAAUUGAAACUAAUAUCAAUUCCAAAGAAAUUAAAGCGCAAUUAUUUUUGGUGGAGAGCCCCAAAAAAAGUAAUGAAAAAAAAAUCGAAGCGAAAAAGGCAAAAAUGUUUUGUAAAACAAACAUCUCCGUGGCCUGGGCAAAAUAAUAUAAAUGUAUUUUUUAUGGCUAUAAACAAUCACCAAAAAGACAUAAAAACCAACUAAUUUUCUUUUUAAUAUUGAAACAAAUCCAAAGAAUUUUUAUUUAGAUUCCCCAAAAUAGAAAAACUACAAAAAUAAAUAAAAAUAUUGUUUUUUUUUUUCUUUUUAAAGAUCAAUAAGUUUUAAUAUUUUUCCAUUCUUUUUUUCAACUUCAAAGAGAAGUAACGGAAUUAAAAAAAAACAUAAUUGGAAAUGCCAUUAAAACUUAAGCAAAAAAGAAACAAAAUAAUAAUAAAAAAGAAAAACAACAAAAAAGAGACUGAUUUCGUUUCAUAAAAAAAUUUACACAAGAAAAAGAAAAAAGUAAUAACAAAAACAAUUCCAGCUAGGAAAAAAGACCAGCAAAGAUAAAACACAAACAGAAAUAAAAUCAAAAAUUCGAAUUUAAUACCAACAAACAGAAACUAAAAACAAACAAUGUAAAAUAUUAUAAAAAUUUUAACAAUAGUUAUUGUGCAAUACAAAAACAAACAAAAAAAAAUCCACAAAAAAAAAAAAAAAAAAACACAAAGCAAAAUAUCAUUAUGAAAAAAUAAUUCCCUUUCCUUUAUUAAUUAUUAUUAUUUUUUUUUUGUAAAUACAUUUUUGCAAUCAUGUUUUUUAAGAUUUCAUAAAAUUAUUAAUUAUUACAAAAAUUAUAAAAAAAAUUGUGAUACUAUUUCAUACUUUUAAUUGUUUGAGAAAAAAAUGGAUUUCCUUUAAUAAUUAUUGAUACAUAAAAUCAAAUUUACGGCAUUUGUACAUAAUUCAAAUUGUAUUUUUUCAUUUUAAUUUUCAUUAUUUUUUUUUUUGAAUUGAGAAAAAUAAAUAUAAUAUAUAUGUAUGGUCACAUUUCUUUAACUAGUUUUCAAACACCCUUCCCCCACUUAGUUGUAAUUAGUCACCACAAGAUAAAAUAUAUAUUAAUUAUAAUUUUAAAUACUUUAAAAAAAGCAUCACACACACAAACACAUCCAACAAAAUACAUAUAAUUAUAUAAUUAAAAAAAUAAUAAUAAUAAAAUAACUAAAUAUAAUUUCUCUCUAGAUUUAACAAUUAAGUGUACAAUUAAUGUAUUAAGUUAUAAACUAAUAUUGAAAAGAAAAACAAACAUAACAAAUAAUUUAUAUAUUGAAACAAUAUUAUUAUUGUAAUGUAUAUUAAAAUUUAGGAAAAAAAAAAAAACAAACAAAAAUUAUUAUAAUUAUAUAUUUAGUAAGAAAAUAAACAAAACAAACAUCUCAUGAAAGAACAAAACAAAACAACAACAAAAAAUAUAUACAACAAAAAUACAUUAUGAAAUUUGUGAAAAAAAAAUUAAAUGAAA